AUGGAUUCACCUCACGAAGAGCUACUUGCUCUAGAGAGACGCAGGGAACAAAACCGCAUCGCGCAGAGACGCCACCGCGAUAAUGUCAGAAAGCGACUGAGGGAGCUGGGUCUCGACGCUGGCCGUCCGUCAUUUCCAAGCCGGAAGUCGCAAGACCGUCCGCGCAAUUUCGCUCAAAAUACAAAAUCCACCGGUUCAUUAGCAUUCGAGAUUCCCAUUUCCGAAAACGACUCGCUGCUGUACGAGGCCUCGUUCAACUCUCUGGUGCAGUCAGAUAGCCAAAUGCCGCCCAUUGAUGGCUCCGUGUCCCCAUACGACUCCUCCUCCUCCUCCUCCUCGUCAUCAUCUUCCGCAGGCCCUCUACCACGUUCACCCACACAGAGUCCGUGGACAUACCUCGACCCCGUACUCUCUACAGCAUUUCAGCCGUCAUAUGACUCAUUCACACUGACAGGGCACUUCGACCAGAGCUAUCCCACAGGCAAUGACCACGAUAUUCCCAUUUUGCCAGAGAGCGGCUCUACGCAGCAGAGUAUAAUGCCUGGCUUGUUGAAUUCGCCGCCCUAUAAGGCGCACGCCCUCGAUUCUUCUAUGGCUAGUGGGCCAACCAUCCCACGAGCCCCUUCACCAAAGCACCUCUCACGGUUUGGCGCCGCCCCAGGUGCUCCGGCGCCGGCACAUCCACGGUGGACUACCCCGCUACAUGUGGCGGUCUCGCGGGGAAACCUUUCCAUGAUGCAUCUUCUGCUGGAACAUGGGGCGGAUCCAAAUGCCGUCAACAGCGAGGGGGCUACCGCCCUUCAUGUAGGAGUCAUAAGUGGACACCACACUAUGGUGGCCGAGCUCCUCCAGCGGGGAGCUGAUCCCACGCUGGCGGACUCGGCGGGGUGGCUUGCCCUGCACUACGCAGUAGAUGCGAGUGAUGAGCAAUGUUUACGGGUAUUGCUAGAGGCAGAACAGCUGGUUGAUUAUCCUAUACCCAGUUUCGAGGGUCGCUAA